CGGUAUGGCGUUUAGUAUGGUAAAGUGGUUUAAAUCUGUCCGAUAUCGCUGAAGAAAGUUAACCGAAGUUAUGAAACCAGAAACUUUGCAAAGAAAAACAAAAAUUGAACCUUGGUUGCAACUAUUACUGUAAGUAUUAAGAUGAAUUAUGGAAGAAAUGAAUUGAUCUCGAUUCAUGUAAUCAUCCAAGCUGAAUGAGAGUCUUGUUUUCAGUGAUUCAGAUUAAAAACAUUUCACUAUUUAACUGUAAAUGAAAGAUUGAGAGUAGUCAUUUUACCAAAGUGCGAUAUUAGACUAAACAAAACUUAUUCAUUUGAAUAACUCUGCAACUUUGCAGUUCCAUUACUUUCAGUUACAAUUUAUAACAGUGAAUAUUAUGAGCAAAAAGUUAGUCACAUUAACACUCAAUCAACAGGAAGAUGGACCGUUCCAGAGGUGACAGUGGUGCUUCAAUUAAAUCAGUGAUCAACAAAGUUGCUCGAUUUCGCUGGUUGAUAUUCAUCCUUGGAAAUAUCGCGAAUUUAGUCAUUUUCAUCGUUCUAAAUAGUUUCAGUUUAACAAUUGUGGGUAUGAUUGGUAAACACGAAGAACAAAUUAUUUCACUUGCACCAGUCAACUCAUCAUUCAACGCUUCAAGCUCUUCCGUGGUAUCACCAAGAAGUGUCCAUGUUGAUUGGUCUAAUGUAGAUAAAUCUCGAAUGCUUUCAGCCUCUUUUUGGGGAAGUCUAGUCAUGUCUUUAUUCGGUGGUCGUAUUUGUGAGUUAUUUGGUCCAAGGAAAGUCGUAUCACUAUCACUGUUGGUGAAUGGCAUCGUUACUCUUUUAUUUCCAGUUAUAUCAAUCCACAGUUUUAUUGGAGCUUAUGUUAUAAGAAUAGUCAGCGGCAGCUGUACAGGAAUCGUUCAACCCUCGUGUAUUGUUAUUGUAUCAAGAUGGUCAAUGGUCUCGGAGCGAACACUUGCAAAUGCCGUUGUAUCAUCUGGUAAUGCUUUCUCUAAUCUUAUAUCACUGCCUCUUGCUGGCAUUUUGGUUGAUUCCAGUUUCCUCGGUGGUUGGCCGUCAGUGUUUUACCUCUUUGGUGGACUUAAUUUGAUUGUAGCCAUCAUCUGGUUUAUUGUUGUUUAUGAUACUCCAGAAGUUCAUCCAUAUUUAGGUUCUGAAGAGUUGGAAGUGAUAUUGAAAAAUAGAUCAGUCAGUUCAGGAGGUUCAGUAAAAGUUCCAUGGUGCAAAAUGUUUACUUCGAUUCCCAUUAUUGCUUAUUUGAUUCCUGCAUUUACUUAUGGUUGGGUUGUUGCAGUUGUUACUUCACAGGUUCCGUCAUUCUAUGAAGAUAUUCUAGAUUUUUCAUAUACUGGAAAUGGAUUUGUAACGAGUCUUCCUUGGUUGGUUGGUAUCGGAGCUCAACUAAUUGGAAGUGCAGUUACAGACAGAAUAAGGAAAGCUAACAGAUUUUCAUUGGCAUCUAUUCGUAAAAUUGUCACAGUUCUAUCUCUUGGAAGUUGUUCAAUCGGUUUAGUAGCCAUAACAAUGUUAGGAAAACAUAGGAUUCCCGUUGUCUUAACCUUAGCCCUCGCUAAAGGAAUGGGUACUUUAUCUGUCGCUGGAAGUGGAGUUAACCAUUUAGAUAUUGCACCUUCAUUUGCUGGUACAUUAGCUGGUUUUUAUGGAGUUAUGCUAAGUUUAGCUUCAUUGAUUGCUAAUGAAGCAGCCGCUCAUAUUGUUGGUAAAAAUUCAUCUCAACAAAACUGGUAUCAUUACUUUUACAUAUCAUCUGCAGUCAAUAUAGCCGGUGUGAUAUUGUUUUGUCUUUUGGGUUCUGGAGAGAUUCAAAGCUGGGAUCCGGCCUCUUCUACCAACAGACGAAAUGUAAAGUCAAAGACUCGAAGUAAUGAUUUAGAGCUUUUAUCAGUCGAACAUUAAAUUAAGUUAAAUGAGUUUUUCGGUGCAAAUGGUUUCGACUUGCAUUGUUCUAUGAUUGUACUGGUUUUGUCGAAUGGACACUAAACUUGACAAAAUCAAAGUAGGUAUCAACUCCUCAAAAGGGACUCUUGAAAAACGAUGUGCACUUUCUGGAUGGUGCAGUUUCUGAAUGAUCACUGUAUGUGACGAUUAAGACAUAAAUCUACGUCAAGACCUAGGAACGAUUGGGACGACUAACGACAUAAUUUUUGAUGCAUAAAUAGUUAUUGCAAAACCAACAUGUAUAAAUACAUUUAUAUCUCACUCGAUAUAUGUAUUUAGUCCUACAAGCUGAAUAAGAGGCUUGUUUGCAGUGAUCAG